AUGGCAAGUGCUGCAGGUGUUCCGGAGCGUUUUCCUUCUAUCGAGGAUAGAGAAACCGAGCCGCUGCUCGGUAGACCUGGUGAUGCCGCGCAAGAAGAUGGCGUUCCUAUGAUCAAGAACCUCGUUCUCGGGACCGGCAUAGUCGCCCAGUUGGGUGUUGUGCUACUCACGAUUCUGGUCUGGGCAAGCGUCCUAUCCAAGCCGUUGAUUCUCUUCUCAGCGCACCCGCUGCUUCAGUCACUGGCUGUACUCACCUUGUCGCAAUCCGUUUUAGCCAUACAACCUACGCAUACAGCCGAGCAGAAGCGCGUCGGUCAACGCGUGCACGCCAUCCUCAACCUUGUGGCAUUCUUGAUUCUCGUAGCUGGCGUGACCAUCAUCGAAUACAACAAGUUUGCCAAUAACGGCGCUCACUUCCACUCUGUUCACGGAUACCUCGGCAUCAUCACCUCCAUCGUACUUCUUCUUCAGUAUGGCGUUGGGUUCACCAUGUGGGCUACUCCCAGUCUGUACGGCGGCGUCGACAACGCCAAGGCUGUCUGGAAAUACCACCGCUGGAGCGGAUACACCAUCUUUGUCCUCCUCCUGGCAACUGUUACUAGCGCUGUCGAGACCGACUACAACAAGAACGUACUGAAGAUGAAGUUGUGGGCCGUUCUUUUGCUGUCAAUUGUGACUCUGGUGGGCGUUGUCCCUCGAAUCCAGAAGCAAAAGCUGGGCUUCCGAGGCCCAACCUCAACUUAG